AUGCCGCCAGUUGAAGGUAGGCUGAGCACAAAACGCGAUGGUGUCCAGUGCGGCUUCUUCCCCGUGUUCGUCAAACGCAUUGAAAGGCUGGAAGAGGAGCUGCUUCAGGCGAAGCAGAAACUGGAACAUGCACCGUCGACCGGUGACCGCGCCUCAGCCGAACCCCCGACUCGUCAACCUGGAGGCGAGGAGGACUUUACCACUUUCCCUUUCGCAUCCUUUACCUCAGAAAUCGAAUCAGCGACACUAGAAGAUAUCACAAUCAAUCCCAGUUCUAUUGUUGAGCUGUUUGAACGCUACUACCUCCAUCACCAUCCACGAUUUCCAAUCUUGUCGGCACCCUCGAUCACCUUGAGGUCGUCCAAGAAAUGGCCUCCUCUAUUCUGGAGCAUUAUCCUGGUAUCAGCAAAAUGCCGUCAACAUGCCAGCUUAUACACCAAACUGAGCCAGCCGCUGAAGAGGCUUGUCCUGAGUCCCGAGUACCUGGCGAAUCGAUCUGUUGAGAUGAUCCAGGCUCUCUUGCUCCUCGGUACCUGGGCAGGGGGGGAUGACAGAAGCUGGACCGACCUGUCGUGGACCUACAGCGGGAUUGCCACGCACGCAGCACUCCAAAUAGGCUUGCAUCGACCGGAAUACAGCAACGAUUUUAUUUACGGCUCCAAGUUCGAUGAAGAUGCGAUUGUGCCGAGAAGGAAGGCAUGGAUUGCCUGCUUCAUCGUGAAUGAGAUGGCAAGCCGCAGGAUCGGUGUUCCAUGCACUACACCUAUCGACCACACAAUCCUCGAAGCGUUGUCGUCGCCCUCGCCUGCCAUUCCGUCUCGACUCAAGCAACAACUCCAGAUCGCGUAUUUGUCAUACCGAACAAACACUACCCUAGGCAACUCCGACCUGAGUCCGGCGGGGGUCCUCCAGAGCUCGAUUUCGGCCAUCCAUAUGUUCGAGAAAGAAUUCUCGUUGAUGGAGUCAACAUCUGGCCUGCUAUGGUCGCCGCACGAGGAGGUCCUGUUCCUGGGAUCCAAGCUGAAUCUGUAUAUUUAUGCAAUCACCUCCUCAAAUACCACCAGCGAAAACGGCCGGCACUCCAAUGUCGACGAGUUCAUAGGUCCGGCCCUCGCGACAGGGUUGAAGCUCAUCAACAUCGCCAAUAAUGCCGAAGAAGAAAUCAUCUCUUGGAGCGUGCACACCAAGGAAUCUCUCAUCGCGGCCACGUUUUUCCUCUUGAUGCUCAGGGACAGCGCGCACCCCCUUGUCGACCUUGCUGCCACGAGGAAAGCAAUCGGCCAGGCCUGGAACACACUCCACGCCUGCACGGUGACGGAGCAUGACUACCUGACGAGAACUUGCACCACCAUCUCCUACCUCAGCCAACAUCCGCUGAAGCGAGAGGGAAACGGCUUCGCACUACGGACGAAGUCGAGAAUGGCGUCAAGCAUCAUGUGGGACACCAUCCGGCGGCUUAAGGAGCAAUUCGGGCUUGAGAAGCCCGCGCAAUCUCUAAGUGAACGCCUCGCUGCCGCAAGUAGCCGCAUGCAGACUUCUGGCGAGUUUGGCCCGCCACCGUACCCCGACAACUUGUCUUUCGAGUACUCGGGAGGCGAUCUGAUUGACUGGGACUCACUCUUCAACGAACUUGGGGAUUUCUACAUCCCGCCACCCGACCUGAGCCUCUAG